AUGUUCGGUAAAGCAGUGGCUUUGUUUGCGUUUCUUUUGACGUCUCCUUUAUGGGCUCAAGUGACCCUUCCAAUCACCCCACCCACUCUUCCAACAGUUGGCCUUCCCGGCUUGUCUGGCACCUGUGAUUGCCCUGUCGUUCCAAACCUAAAUGCUCUCGUUUGUGUGCUUGAUUGGGUUUCCCAUGCCAAAAUUCUCAAUCAUACAAAGAGCUUGAUAAAUGGGAUGAUUGUAAACGAAUACACGCUUCAACACAUUACUAUCCUUGAUGGAGCUGUGAACUUGCCAACAGUUUUGAUAAUCCCGGAAGGACCUUGUGGAUUGGAGCUUCAAGUCGGAUUGCAAUAUUUGCUCUCUGGACUUCUCACUGGUAACUCUCAAUUGUACACAACGUUGUGCCUUCAAGUGCUGAACACAGUUGCAAAUGACGUGAUGACUUUGAUCACUCCACUUUGGUCAUUGGUUCCACCCGGUCUCGCCAAUGAGAUCAACAUCAUCGCCCUCUUACAAGAUGUGGUUUGCUUGUUGCUCGGCGACGUGUUGCCCAUUCUUGAGGGUCUUAUCACUAUCCCACCCGAGAUUGGAGGCCUUUUCCCAACUGUUCCUCUUCCAACGAUUCCCGUCCCGCUUCCGGGUCGU